CAUAUCGCACGCAGGUUUCGGGGAUAUCUGCAUGCCUGCAGGAUGAAAUACAGAUUUUCUUUAAAAUCGAGCCUUCGGUAAAAUUAUAUACACAGCUACCUCACUAUCACGUUUUUUUAGGGCACGUGUCGAAGUGUAACAGGCAACAGACAGUUUUAAUUACCUCCCGUCUUUAUUUUAUUUUUUUUAAUCAUUCCAGUAACAGUCGUUGCUAACAUCUGCUAGCUUGCUAAAGUUUGGAUCAGAAGAAAGGAAGCAUGAAGCGCACGGGGAGGAGACGCAGCUCCGUGUGGGACUGCUUUGAACAAACGGGAAACUUUGUCCGCUGCAUGAAAUGCAACGCAACGCUGAAGUACUGCGGCGGAGCCACGACCACCAUGAUGAACCACAUGAGCAGGUACCAUUCAUCCGCAACGCCGCUGGACGAGGACGAGAAACCCGUGAUUUGCACUGUUAAGUGCAUCGAGGAGGAGAUGCAAGCUUCCAACAGUUCGGACAUCGCGCAAGUCACUCAAGUCAUGUCACCCAACAUAAACACAACUACCAGCAACCCUCCGGAACGGGACUGCGGCGAGAGGAAACGCCUGAAGCGGAGCUCGGUUUGGGACAUCUUUAUCAAAGUGGACGACGAGGUUCACUGCACGAUGUGCGACACGAAGCUGAAAUACAGAAGCAGCACCACCAGCAUGAUGUACCACAUCAAAAACAAGCACCAGGACGCAGUACCUAACGACGGCGUGACGCUUGCAACGCACGCAGAGGUGACGGAGCUAAUCUCCAGAAUGAUAGAGAAGGACAUGCUUCCCAUCAGCAUGGUUAGCGGCGAUGGUUUUCGUGAUCUACUCGCCUACACUGUCCAUAAUUAUAAAAUGCCAUCUGUUAGUGAUGUUACACGUAUUAUUGAAGGCCAUUUCCAUGAGAAGAUGGAAGAGAUUCUGGUGCAUCUGGGCAGAGUGGAGAAAGUGGCUCUCACUGCAGAUUUCUGGACAGGUCUCACCUUUCAGAGGUACAUGACAGUAUCAUGCUCAUUUAUAACAGAAGACUGGCAGGGGAGGUCAGCUGUGCUGCAGACACACAAAGUUUUAGUAGAGAGCAACUCUACUGCAGACAGCAUCACGGAGACUCUGCUCAGCACUGUGCAGGCGUGGGGUAUCACUGGUAAAGUGACUUCAUGUGUUCAUAACAACAUGCAAAACAUCUUACCAGUCCAAGCAUGUAGCCGUGUCACCUGGGACUACGCAACUUGCUUUGCCACAAUACUCCAGCUGGCAGUCGGUGAUGGGCUGGGUGAAGAUUUACUCCGCAUCAUCAUUGCUGCCGGGAAACUAGUAAAGCACUUCAAUCACAACUUGCAGGCGAGUGAGGCCUUGGAACAGAAGCAAGUUCAGAUGUGCCUGCCACAGCGCAAGCUCAUCCAAUCAAGCAAGGCUAGAUGGGACACUAUCUGCGACAUGUUUGAACGGCUGCUUGAACAACGGUGGGCGAUCAAAGCUGUCCUGUCUGAUCGCACUAUCACCAACAGGCAGGAAGCACAGACUCUGGAGAUUGAAGACGACUGCUGGCAAAUAAUUGAGAAUUUCACACCUGUGCUGGCGACACUUAAAUGGGCCACGACUGUCAUAUCUGCGGAGACAGAAGUGUCCAUUUCAAACAUUUACCCGAUCACAUUCAGUCUCGUUCAGACUCACCUCGUGCCGAAAGAGAAUGAUGUCGAGCAAGUGUCAGAGUUCAAGCUCAAAGUUCAACAGUCACUUAGAAAUCACAUGGAGGUCGACUCUAAUGACCUAGCUUCAAAACCAGCUCUGAUCGCCUCCAUGUUGGACCCUCGGCACAAACAUCUGAGCUUCCUUACACCAACGGGGAGACUGGCUGCAAAGGUUAAGCUGCAUGAACUAGUUUCAAAAUUAGAUGCACUAACUACUACUGGGGGCACCAAGGAUGAGCAGCAGGAGACUUUGGUCACACCGGAUAUUAGCCAGGUGACUGUGCCCUCGCAAAUGAGAAGUGACACCAAAAACACUAUGGUGUUGCUCCUUGGCGACAACUACAGUUCUUCCUACGCCACCGACUCUGAGGCCCAGGUCGAUUACUAUUUGAGAGACAUCGCUCCCUCAUUAGACAUUAAUCCUCUUGACUGGUGGAGGGUAAAUGGACCGAGAUUCCCCAAACUGGCCACUCUGGCGAGACACUAUUUGUGUGUACCUGGGGUAUCGCUGCCAUCUUUAUUGUCAGAGGCUGGGCAAACAUUUGCAACAAUGCGUAGAAGACUGAGUCCAGAACAUGUUGACCUGAUGAUCUUUGUAAACAGAAAUGUAUAACUUGCAUGAUCUUAGAUGCUGAAAACACUAGUAUCCUAAUGGACUACAGAAUAAGGUUACUGAAGGGCAACAGAAGCAAGUCAGGGUAGAUGGGAAGAUGUUUUUAGCAUGGUGUACUUGCUUGUGUUUAACAGCGUUAUAAGCUAAAACUUGUUUGAUAAACUACAAAGUGGUAGUCAUUUUCUUAACAAUUGCUGUAACCUAGCUGCAGGCAAAUAUUUAACUACAUCAUCAAGUAGUUCCCAAACUUACAACACAGCAAUUUGUUUUCUCACUUCUCUUGACUUGAUACUGGCACUUUAGGCUUUUUUUUUCAUAAUUGGUUUAUGUUACUAUUACAUGUUACUGAUGUAUUAUUAUUACUAUUAUUGUUAUUAUUAUAGGUGGAAAAGCUCACCACACUAACCAUUGUAUUAACAGUAUUAUCAUUUCUCAUCUUUCAACCAAGCUCUGCUGAGAUAAAAUACAUACAGCUGUAGCAAAUGUGUGAUGAUCUGAUUGGGAACCAGCCGCUUUUG